AUGAUCACUCAUCACAGAUUUUUAUUUAUAAGAAGUUCAAACUGUAUCACAAUAUUCCAUGUAAAUAGAAUUUGUAGAGGUUCUUGGCUGUGGACUGAUACAUGUAAUAAAAUUAUGUGCAGCUUUUUGAAAAUAGUUCCAUUUGAUUUAUCUGAUCACACAAAGUUGUGUUAAAUGUACUAGAAAUAGAGGUUCAGACAUUCUAAUCUGCUUCACUUUUUGAAAGAGAUGUACAAAUUAUUUACUUUUAAAAGUGUUUGCAGUGUAAAGGAAGAGUUAAAACAUCUUUCAUGAACAUAAAGCGAAGACAAUCUCAGUUUAACCUUGGACAGUUCUUGGACAGUCCUGAUUAAGCUAUUGGUGAUUGGGCUAUUUGUGGGCCAUUAAAUACAAAUAACUGUGAACUGAUUGUUUUGUGAGGAAAAAUUUGUCAAAUUUAUGCAGGAGAAUUGAGUUUUUGAAUGAGAACAUGAACUGACCAAGCUUUACCAAGUGAAUGUUUAAAAGCUUCUUAAAAAUGGACUUAGUUCAAGCAUCUGAACCCUUGACUCCCAAGAUCUGAUUUUCUCCCUAUUUAGCUGCCACACAUUUCCUUUUAAAUUAGUCACAAGAAUUUGUUGUGAAAUCAAGAUAUCAACUUCUACCUGAUAAGUUUGAGUAUUCUCAUUACCUAUUUGUUUAAUUAUGUAUAGAUAUUUUAGGGAGAAGUAACAUGUUAAUCACCUCUGGUAGUUGAGACUUGCUUAUAGUUGAGUCUAAUCACAUAUUUUUUGCAAACUUACAACUUUUCAAAGAUUUUAACUAUGGUUUGAUUAUAAUAUUUAAUUAAUAUAUUUAAGGUGGAAGAACUACAUUUUACCGUUCAAACUUAAACCUUUUUUGCGAAAGCAACAGAAUGCACUUUACACAAGAACCCUUUUUGGAUAUCGAGAGAACAAGGAAAUUUACAUGUAGGUAAAGUGGAAGAGUGUGGUCCUUUUCCUUGGUUAAAGAUAGAAUUGCAGCCCUGAAGCACUACAGAUUUUUUUGGAGGGUUUUAGUCACGAACCUUUUUGUAAACAGCCCCUGACGCAACAUUUUCAGGUACUUGCGAGGAAGUCGAGCGGCCAAUGCGCGUAGUCCACGUAAAGGAUGCGCGCCUGCUUUAUAUAAGUCAGCGGCCAUCCUUGUGACAAAACAAAAUUGAAAGUCGUCUAGAUGGCAUUAGCGUCUGUUAUUUUCCUGGUUAUUUUUGCGGCUUUUUGUUUCCUGCAAGAAGGAAGGGCAACUAGAGAAUGGUACAAGGAGGAUUUUCCGAAUCCUACGAGAGAUGUUAAAGGUUGUGGUCGUAGAGGAGAGGUUUCCUGGAUCUGUGAUCCGGAGAAUAUUCUCAGCUACAAGGCUGCCAAUAAGAUUGAAGAGUUGAUAUAUUCAGUUGUUAAAAAUACUGAUUCAGGGUGCAGCAACGAUGAGAAACCUGGAUUUCAAAUUGGUGUUGCAGUUCUAAACCAAAUGAGUGGCAUUCCUGGUGAACCUGUUGAAGAAACGGCGAAGACGUUUGCCAAACAUUUACAUGACAGCUGGGCUGUCGGCCACGCGGGAUGUGAUGACGGAGUCACGUUGCUGAUUUCCAUUUUAGAUCGUCAACUGUAUGUCUCCACAGGAAAAAGAGCCAUGGAGUUGUUAUCCGAUGACCAGAUUGAUAUUAUCAUUGAGGAAAUGAAGCCAUACAUGCUAAAGAAAGAUUAUGAUAAAGGUGUGGAACUCGCUAUUGUCCGAAUGGGUGAAGUUUUCGGCAUUCGUAGUGCAUCAAACCAUUGGUAUAUCAUCUUCUAUGCUGUGCUGGUGAUCAUUAUUGUUGGUGUUGGGCUGUACAUUGGGCGAAAGGAAGAACAAUCACGUGGAGAAUGGAAAAGAGAUACAUACCCAGGUAUCUCUAAUUUUGAUCUUACCAAAUCUGAUCCUUUCUAUCUGUGUAAACCUGACUACUAUAGGUGUACUAUGUUUGAGAGACGUAGCUUUGGUAGUGGUGUAGGGUUUGGUGGGGGUGGAAUAAUUGGAGGUGGUGGUAGUGGAGGUAGCUGGUAA